UUUGUCAAUCCAUGUCUGCCGCGCACUGUCGGAUUACUUAUGUUGUUGCACACAAUUCAGGAAGUGGUCCUGGAACACAACUUUUUACUCUUUUAAUUUAAGGUAGAAGUUAAAUGUUUUGUGUAGUCUCCUGACAUUUGACAUAUGACUUUAUAGGAGUUGCUAAAUAUGAAGCUUAAAGAGUUAGAAAGCUGCCUGCAGCAGGUGGACACGUUUGAAGAGCCCAAAAUUCUGCUGGAGCAGUAUCCAACCAGUCCCCAUAUCGCAGCACGUAUGCUUUACACAAUCCACAACACAUUCGGCGACAUUGACGGUAAACUGGUGGCUGAUCUGGGAUGUGGCUGCGGAGUUCUGAGUCUCGGUGCUUCCAUGCUGGACGCGGGUUUGUCCGUGGGCUUUGACAUCGACAGUGACGCGCUGGACAUUUUCAGAAGAAACGCGGAUGAAUUUGAGAUUUCUAAUUUAGACAUGAUCCAGUGUGACUUGUGUUGCUUAAAUGCAGAAGUUUAUGCCAGGAAGUUUGACACCGUAAUAAUGAAUCCACCUUUUGGGACAAAACACAACCAAGGUAUAGACAUGACAUUUCUCAGAGCUGGAUUAACAAUGGCAGAAACAGCCGUAUAUUCGCUUCACAAAACCUCAACACGAGAGCACAUACAGAAAAAGGCUAAAGAUUGGGGAGUGAAGAUGGAAGUCGUUGCAGAACUACGAUAUGAUUUGCCAGCAUCUUACAAGUUUCACAAAAAGAAAUCGGUCGAUAUUCAGGUGGACUUCCUACGUCUUUUCAAGGCUUGAAGCUUUCACUGGAAUGGAUUUAACUCAUCUCUAUUUGUAAUAAAUGUUUUUAGAAAA